CGGUGGGAAGUGUAGCCGAAGAAGAACGUCCAGGAAAGUCAGCUUGUCCUGCACGUGUUGUUGUCAGCGUGCAAAACAGCCCUCGGAUACAAACCAAAAGGCUCAAAUAACGCAGAUAAACGCAUCGCAUCCAUUCGACUCCACACGACUGUUGAUGUGUAGUCGCUUGAUCUCCUAUGCCACUAUGAAGUACAUCCUAGUCACCGGCGGUGUGAUUUCCGGCAUCGGCAAGGGCAUCAUCGCCAGCAGCGUGGGCACUCUCCUCAAGUCAUGCGGCCUUCACGUCACAGCCAUCAAAAUUGACCCGUACAUCAACAUAGACGCCGGCACUUUCUCGCCUUAUGAGCACGGUGAGGUUUUUGUGCUGGAUGAUGGCGGUGAGGUGGAUCUGGACUUGGGCAACUACGAGCGUUUCCUGGAUAUCCGCUUGACGAGGGACAAUAACCUGACCACGGGGAAGAUCUACCAGUCGGUCAUCAACAAGGAGAGGAGAGGAGACUACCUGGGCAAGACCGUGCAAGUGGUUCCUCACAUCACCGAUGCGAUCCAGGAGUGGGUGAUGAAUCAGGCCAAGGUUCCCGUGGACGGGGAUGGCGUCGAGCCUCAAGUUUGUGUCAUAGAGCUGGGGGGCACGGUGGGAGACAUCGAGAGCAUGCCGUUCAUUGAGGCCUUCAGGCAGUUCCAGUUCAAGGUGAAGAGGGAGAACUUCUGCAACAUCCACGUGAGCCUCGUGCCGCAGCCAAACACGACAGGAGAGCAGAAAACCAAGCCGACACAGAACAGCGUGCGGGAGCUCAGAGGCCUCGGCUUGUCUCCCGACCUGAUCAUGUGCCGCUGCGCAACGCCCUUGGAAACGGCGGUGAAGGAGAAGAUAUCCAUGUUUUGUCACGUGGAGCCCACGCAGGUGAUCUGUGUCCAUGACGUGUCUUCGGUCUACCGAGUGCCUCUGCUGCUGGAGGACCAGGGAGUUGUUAGCUACUUCUGCCACAGGCUCAACCUGCCCGUGGAGAUGAGGCCCAGGAAAAUGCUCUCCAAAUGGAAGGAGAUGGCCGAGAGAUCCGACCGUCUGCUGCAGCACGUUUCCAUCGCGCUGGUGGGCAAAUACACAAAGCUGUCAGACUCGUACACGUCCGUCAUCAAGGCCCUGGAGCACUCGGCGCUCGCCAUCAGUCACAAGCUGGAAGUCAAGUACAUAGACUCGGCCGACCUGGAGCAGGUCACUUUGCAGGAGGAACCGGUGAAAUAUCACGAGGCCUGGCAAAAACUCUGCAGUUCCGAUGGCGUGUUGGUGCCUGGUGGUUUUGGUGUGAGAGGGACAGAAGGCAAGAUGUUGGCAAUAAACUGGGCAAGAAAACAGAAUAAACCCUUCCUAGGCGUGUGUCUGGGCAUGCAGCUGGCUGUUUGCGAGUUCGCUCGCAACGUUCUCGGCUGGGAAGACGCCAACUCCACGGAGUUCAACCCGGACUCCAAGUACCCUGUGGUGAUCGACAUGCCAGAGCAUAACCCGGGCCAGAUGGGAGGCACGAUGCGGCUCGGCCUGAGGCGAACCAUCUUCAAAACCAAAAACAGUGUGCUGAGAAAACUCUACGGAGACGUGGACCACGUUGACGAGCGGCACAGACACCGAUUUGAGGUGAACCCUGAGCUCAAGCGCCACUUUGAAGAGAAAGGGCUUCAGUUUGUCGGCCAGGACGUGGAGGGGGAGCGGAUGGAGAUCAUUCAGUUGGAGGAACAUUGCUACUUCAUCGGAGUGCAGUAUCACCCCGAGUUCACUUCCAGGCCCAUCAAACCGUCUCCGCCCUACUUCGGCCUCCUUCUGGCUUCCGCCGGAAAACUCCAGAGCUACCUGGCUAAGGGUUGCCGGCUGUCUCCACGGGAUACAUACAGCGACCGCAGCGGAGGCAGCUCUCCCGACGUCGACAUCGCCGAGCUCAAGUUCCCGUCCUUGUCGUGAGGCCGGAGGCGGCGCAGCGCCGAGUAUUAGACAAAAGUGCCACACAGAACUAAUUUUCAAGCUAUUGGGUACAAUAUACUUUUAUUUAUACUCUACGGUGAAAUAUGUAAAGCUUCGAGGGACGUCUUAAAUAAAAGUUUUUGUUAGUAAAAGAUGUGCUUCUUAUGAGCUGCAGCACAGCGUUUUAUGUCAGGGAUAGAAGAGUGAUAAAAAGGCAGUUUAUCACGUGUUGGGCUUUAAAAUGGUUUUACAUAAAUGAAUGAGUUUGCAUUGACAAAAGGUCCUACAAGGUCGUUGGUUGUCUUGCAAACUACUCCAGUCUGUUUCCGUAAUGCAGUUUUAUGUACAAAUCAAACACUAACAUUGAGUGUACUGUAUAUACAAACAUUGUGUAAUAGUAGUGUAUGAACACACAAAAACAGUUUGAUCACCUCUGCCUUGAUGAAAUAAAGAAACAGUCUCAGUGU